AUUGAAUACGAUGUUAAGUAUACGACCUUAAGUGUUGGAAACUUAAAUCCGUUACUUAAUACUGCGCAUUUCAUUAAGACUAUUGCUUCGUUAUAAUGAAAAUUCACCAUAGAGAACAGAUGAGCCCACCUUGUCUGUGGGAAUGAUUUUUGGAAUUUUGACAGUUUUUGCUAUUAUUUCCUUCACAAUAACCAAGAGAAUGAAUGCUUUGUGGCAUGACGGUUCUUGGGAUCCUUCUUGGGAUACAUGGUGGCACUAUAAAGAAGGCGUAAUGGGAGGUCCGAGUCAUUGGGGACAGACAGCUUUCAUGGCUAUUGCCAAUGACGUUUGGCCAGCUUGUUAUCAAGGAAAAAUGCAAUCUCCAAUCAGUAUCUCCACAAAACAUCUGCUAUUUGAUCCUAAUUUGGUGCCACUGAAAAUUUCAGGUUCAGAUAAGCAAAUUGAUGUGGAGGUAGUGAAUACAGGACAAGAUUUACAGGUGAAAAUCCUCGAUUCAAUAGCAUCAAUUGUAUUCAGUGAAGGACCAUUAGUAUAUAACUAUAAAUUCUUUGGAGCUUUAAUCAAAUUUGGCUCAAGAUCAGAUCGUGGUUCAGAUCACCAGAUUGAUGGUAUUGCUUUUCCCGCUGAGCUACAACUAUAUGCAUUCAAUUUUAUUUUAUACCAAAACUUUUCUAACGCACUUUCAAAACCAAAUGGCUUAGCUGUAUUAUCUGUUCUUUUUAAAAUUGGUGAGCAAUCAUCAUCUGAUUUGGAAGCAUUACUAUCUACGGCAGAGCAGGUUCAAUUGAAAGGACAAUCUAAAAGGCUUCAUGGUUUGUUGUUGGAUGCUGUUUUACCGUCUACUAUGCAAUAUAUGACUUACCAAGGCUCUUUACCAUUUCCUGCCUGUUAUGAGACUGCAACAUGGAUUUUGCUUAAUCAACCGAUUGUAAUUACAGAAACUCAGGUGAGACAACAUAAAAUCACAAUUCAUAGACCAUUUUUAAUAGCUCCAAAUGUGAAAAAAAUUGUGUUGAAUAAAUUAUCCUAGCAACUAGGCUUAUAACGAAACUGUAAUUAUAAGUUUCCUAUAAAGAAUAAAUAUAUUCAAAUUAAGAGCUGAUCAUAGACUACCAUUGAAAACGUGGAUGCACUAGACGUCUGUUUUAUAAUAACAAGAGACUCCUCAGCAGUGUACAUCAACGACCCUGCAAACGGCAAUCGAGCUCAGGACUGCCGUCUUGUAUGUAAUCAUAUAUGGCAUAAACUUUCAUAAUAAAUAUUAACAAACCUAAAUUAAAACAAUUAGUCUCAUUGAAAAAUUUCGCUAAUGCAAUGAGAAGACAAAGUUUAUCAGAAUUAUGUGAUAUAUUUGCGCAAUUAGUUGGUGGUUGGACCCGGGUUUCUUGCUACUUGGCACUCGUCAGCAAUGUGUACCUGUAAUCUUGAAGGAACUGGUGCUCCCUGACAAAUUCGAUUCCGUGUCACCCAACUUCACAAUCAGAGAAGUUAUCACUGAGUUAUCCGGGCCGCAACCGUCCUCCUGUAGGACUGAGAUGUAAUCACAAUUGAUUGAUAUUUGCGCAAUACAUUUUUAACAGUCUGAUCACACAUAUACUUGUUAAGAUAUUUUUAUAUGAAAAGAUCAACUAGACAGGUGAAAGAUAAGCCGUAACAAAACAAUAAAUUACACGAAGACAAUAUGAUAACCACUCUGGAUAACAAGUCAGUAUUACCAGGGUAGGUUGAGGGUAAGAACAAAUUAUAUUUGAACACAUUAACAGGGCUUCAUUUUCCAUAUAGCCAAGGCGUCAAUAAAAAUUAGUAUACGUCCUCCAAGGCUUUUGUGCAACACUACAAAUGCUGACGUGAUGUCAACCUUAUGACCAGUCUCAAUCAAAUGUUUCGCGAUGGAGGAAGACAUCUGUCUAUCCUGUGAUCUUAUUCGACCACUGGAAUUCAUUUGCUUUCGUAGCCAUUUUGGUAUGUGUUCACCCACCCUUAAUUGCAGAUCACGAUUGUUCCUCCCUACGUACGUGUUUGAUAGACACAAUGGAAUAUGACACAGUUGCUUACAUGCUGUUUGGGUUUUCAGUAAAAUGUAAACCUUGUCUUUCAAUAAUGACAAUUUGGGCUGCAUAAAAUGUCUGGUUGGUGGUUAAAUAUGACUAAAUUAUGGAUAUAACUAACAAUUAUUGACCAACUAAUUAAUAAUAAGAAAAUGAUGGUUUCUUACACUGCCUUCUAAAAUAUCAGCGUCACAUGCUACGGUUGGACGAUAGCAUAACUAGUCUUCUUACCAACUGACUGAAUUAUAAUGGUAUUAUAGUCAAUAUUAAUAAUUAUAAAUACCCCUGUUUUUCUGCAAAAUUUUGGUUCCUACCCAAUAAUCACUUCCACUGCUUCUUUCGUCUUCUGGUUAGUAACUGUGGGAUUCUACACUUUCGACUGCCGUUAGUUGUAUAUCGUAUCCUGUCAUAAUCAAGUAGAGGACGUAAAAAUGGCGAUUAACUUCAGCCUUAUCUGACAUUAAAAUUCAUUUGGAAUGAAACUGUGAACUGCUUUCCAUGCACGGCCCCACAGUGUAGAACUUCGUAAGAAUUCUACCUGAUGCUGCCGAUCUUCUGAAUUAUACCAUAAUGUUGGAGGUGCUUCCAUAGGAUUCUCUUAUCAUUACAGCCAAAUGCUUUCUGUUGAUUGUUUGAAGAUGAUCCGUAGUUUAGCUAUUUAAUCCAUGAACGAUCGAUCCUUGUUGAUCUCGAAGCUAGGUGUCUAGGGAAUAUUUUAUCCAGUUCAGAAACAAUCUGUUAAAACCUUUUCCUGAUACCGACAGAAAUGUGAUGCCUUUGUAGUUCUCCUACCUGAUCAGAUCUCCCUUCUUUGGUGUCUUGAUAUAAUAACUUUUACAGUCCGUUGGUACGUAUUCUUUCUCCAAAAUCCUUCUAAAGAGAAUGUGCAACAUCUUUGGGAUUAAUUCUAUGUCUGGCUUCAGUGCUUCAGCUAGUACGCUGCCUGCUCCUGCUGCCUUUCUACACUAGAUGUUUCUGGUGGCCAUGCUAAUUUCUUCAGUUGAUGAUGACGCAGAACCUAUAGGAAGGUCUGUAUGUGCUCCUUUGAUGUCUGAUAUGCUCGUUGUGGCUUAUCUAUCCAAGAGUUCUUCAGUGUUCUUUCUAUCUAUUCCCCUGUCGUUGAAUCUUAGUGAUUAAUUCGCUUUCUUUGCUCUUGACUGGUCACACUGUUUUACUAUGUUUAUUUGUUAUCAACCUGAUAUUUCAUUUUUCGUGUAUUCUGUUCUUUUAUCGAUACAGAUGAAUAAAGAAACACUAUCUAUUAUAUAAGUUACUACCCGACAAAUAUGUUUAAUGAAGAUUUUUAGUACGAAAUCAAAUGAGGAUUGAGGUAUCGUGUGUAUUGUGUGCAUGAGAGUUACGAUCAUAAAGAAAGUCCACUACAGAUAAUUAAGAAUCGAAAGAUCUAUGAAAGCUAAUUGUGAUGCUCCUAUAGGAGAAUUGUUGGUUUGCAUAAAAUAUUUCAGGAUUUUAAAAAAAGCUAUUAGAUAUUGUUAACGAAUGGUCUCAUAAAAUACAGAUAUUGAAAACCAAACAACUAAUUAGUAAAGAUUAUUCUAAAUACAAAUUUGCCCAGAGUAAUUAAUGUGUACAUUGUUUGGCAUAUAGAAAUUUAGCCAUAUACUUCAUUUUGAUUAGAAAGUUAUCUCUAAAAUUACUCCGGAUGUGUAAAAUGCUUUAUCAUAUAAAUAUGGUUAGUUUAUACGAAAUUAUUAAGUGGAUAUUAUUUUCAUGCCAAAUUUUCGGGGAAAUGUACUUGUUCAUUUGAAUGUUGUAUCAUUCAAAUAAAAGAAUGAAUGUGUUUUUCACUUAUUAUUACUCAUGAAAAACAUACAUAAAUCCAGCUCGUAUAUUAUGCUGAAAAUAAUUUAAAAAAGGGGAACGAAUAUCCUAGAAUCAUUCAAACAAACGAAAUCACAUGCUAAUAAUCAGUGGUUAUUUUGUUACUGGAAUCAAUUGUUGCAUGAAACUAAUCAGAACUUCAAAAAUAUGAAUAACUUACCAACAAUUUUGAUUUGAAAUGUAACAUUUUGCAGUGAUAUAUUCGUUUAAAUUUUUUAAUGCUUUUGCUUAGUCAGUAUGGUCAACAAAACUAUAUUGAAAGGGGUAUCUAUAACGUUAUUGUUGCCUCCUAAAUAAAUUAUCUCUAAAGAACGAAUAUGUAUCUGUUUCUAUCUUAUCGCGUCAUUAUCUUAGCUAAAAUCUCUUCGUCAACUUCGGAUAGCGCCAUUUCGAGGAUCAGGCAGCAUGGCUGAUAAUUACCGAACCGUUCAAAAAUUGAAUAAUCGAUCAGUUCGAACAAACAUUGAUUUUAGAAAAAGUCAAUCCUACUGUUCAAUACAAGCUCAGAGAACUUAUUUUGGUAAGAUGAUGUUUAUGAGUUACAUUGAAUGAUAUAUUUUUUUUAUAUAUUUGAUAUAAGUAAGUACGAAAAACACUAUUUUGAUAUUUAUACAACGCGUUACUUAUCUAUUCGUUAAACCGACAACAAACAGUUUUUAAAUUGACAGAAUACAAAAUUCGUUUAAUCAUAUGAUGAUUUACCCACAGUAAUAGUGAGUACUAUAUGUUUUUUAAAAGUUAUCAGCAAUUUAUGUCAUAUAGUACGUAUAUUUCCGUUUUAUAACUCAGAGGAUAGUUAAAUGGACUCAUUUCUCGAAGAGAAAUAAGAAAGAGUAUCAAUAACAUACAGGUACAGGUCAAAUUAACUAUCAGUAUACAUUGUUUGUUGUGGUUAUAUUGUGAGUUUUCUGAGAACAAAAGAAUAUAUAUGUCGAAUUAUAUCUCAUGAUAUUUUUUAAAAAAAAAUAAAUACAGUCUUCUUUAAAAUACAAUUAAAUGAAUAUUAUUAUUUCAUUCCCUUUUUUUACAUGCAUUAUUACAACAUUCUGAAAAUAUUACAAUAUAAUUUGGAUCUCUGUGAUUAUGAUGAUUAUUUAAUGAUCAACAGCAGCUUCAUUGCCAUAAUUUAACAUUCCAAACGUCUUAAUUAUUCUUAUUUUUGCAUAUAUAUACAUAAGAAAUGAUUUUCAUUUGAUCAUUUUUUAAUAGGUAUUCAAACGAACUGUUAAUAAUAUGUCUCUAUAGACUAAGUUUAUUUUAAUAUGUAAAGAAUUAUACAGUUAUCGGACAGCUUUUUUUUAUUUAUAAUAUUUUUUAAAAUCUACCUCGUCAUCAGGUAUUUGGAACGAUAUAAAAAUAUUUUGAUGUAAUAAUAUAUGUUCUAAACAGUUAUUCUUAGUUGUUUACUUUGUCUAAUGCAUUUAACUAUCAUUAAUUUCACUAUAAUUAAGUUCUGAAUAUUUCUGUGUAUAAUUAUAUAACUAUCUUUUUUAUGUACGACUGUAUAUUUCUGCAUGUAUAUAUUUAUUAUUGUAUAUUAGAAAAAAAAAUCUUUGCCUAAUAUUACUUAUAAUCAUUGUCUUUUGAUCUUUUUCAAUUAGUUAUGUUCAUAUGUAAUUAAGAGGAAAAAAUAAAUAUUUUAGAAUGCUU